CUACUUGUCCGAGGACAUACAUGCCCUGGGUUGUUUACACCACCGCGCAACGCUAGAUCAUGCAAUAGUCAUGUAUAGUUGUCUCAAGUAUUUAGAACUCUUUCAGCGCCUCGUUCCCCAAAAAGGACACGAAUUCUAAACUGUGCGCUUCGCAAAACAUACGAGUCUACUAUAAUACAUAUUAUUUAACAAGGACACCUAGCGGUAAACACAGCCAGAAAUAUUAGCUAGUGAUGUCCACAAAGAUGACGCGAGACGGAUGUUGUUAGAUGGCGCAAGUUCCGGCAUGAAAAAUGUCACUACCAGAAACCGGAAAUGAGUUAAUCUUACAGCUGGCGUGAUGGCGAUCGCUACAAAGUACAGAGGCCGGAACUGCAGACAUGGCUGAUCAGACAGGUUGGUUGUGUAAAUAUCUCCCAGGGCGCAGCAACGAUGCGGUUUUUUACAGUAAUAAUGGUAAGAAGAGCAGAGUACGGCCAGUAAAAAUUACCGGUGGAAAGUCCUUAGUGUAUCGCUGCCGAUCACUCCGUGUUUUGAGAAUGGCUGGUCAAUUUCGCAGCUAUAUAUGGGAUCCAGUCCUGAUCGUCUCCCAAAUUGCUUUAAUGCAGUGCAUCUACUAUAGCUCUCUGGGCCUCUGGCUUGGAGCUCUGGACUUAAUGAUUCACUACAGCCCUUCACUCGACCAGAUAUUUAAUUAUGAAAUUCUAGGAUUUUCCUCGGUACAUGGAAGAGCCUCCAUGAUGGCUUUCAUCCUGAACUCUCUGACUUGUGCUUUGGGCCUGCUGUAUUUUAUCCGCAGAGGGAAGCAGUGCUUGGAUUUUACUGUGACGGUCCACAUGUUUCACCUUUUUGGAUGUUGGAUUUAUAUCUCCCAUCUUCCCAGUACGUUCACCUGGUGGCUUCUAAACAUUGUCUGUAUUGCUUUAAUGGCCGUUAUAGGGGAAUACCUCUGCGUGCGGACUGAACUCAAUGAAAUUCCUCUCAAUUCUGCACCCAAAUCUAAUGUGUAGCCUUUUUUUAACCCAACAGUUUUCAGCGUACCUCUUGGAUGUUCCUAACACUUCAGUAUUCUCUCUUUUACGGUCCCAGAACUCAUUCUGGACUGAUCAGAACUGAUUCUGGACUUUGUUUAAAGCUCAUAUUAAGAGGUGUCCAUAAAAAAAAUAAUAAAUUUCAUGGUCUUCAGAGGGCAAGUGACUAUAGCUACGCAUUUCUUCCUUACUUUGCAUACAUUUCCCUGGUCCAUUCCCCAUUGUCUUGGCCGCAGCGAACGAGUAGGGAUCGGUAUAACUGAGCCUAAAAUGAGCUCUCUUAUGACAAAAAACGAAGCUCAGUGAACACCCG